AUGGAACGCGCACCACCACAGCAAAAGCGCAUGAUGCUCGCAGUCGCGGGCGCGGUAGCACUCGGCGCAGCCGGGAUCUACUACUCACGGCCAUCAGGCCUCGCCCCGAAGACAGCGGCGCAAAACGACCUCAAGUCUAGCGACAAGAAAGUCGACGCGAAUCCCACUGCACAACACAACAUUGGGGACGUCCGCGAGAACGCCAAGUGA